AGUCACUGAAGCCCAUCACUCACUAUGGUUCUGUGUCAAACUCGCAUCCUAUUAAGAAAAGUCAACCAAUUCAACAAAUUACUCAGAGCUUGAGAUAUCUGAAAGACAUAGAGCAUGCACUGGAAGAAAUCUCCUUCCUCAGGGCAGCCUGAUGAAAAGCCAUACCAAGGAGUGCGAGUUCGAGACCCAGUCAAAGAGUUGCUGAGGAGGAAACGAGGACUGCUUCUCCACAAUGCCAAAACAGUGCCCCCUAGAGCGUUACAACAUGGCUGCAGGGCUGGGCACAGGGCCUAUGCAAAUCAACUCAGCCCAGCCGUGCCAAGGAGCCCUCUUACCAACCUAUGAAUUACCUCUGACAACACACAACACACACACAGUUGGGGUACUAAACAACAACUUGCCUUCAUAUGCACAGCUUGGGACUUCCGGGUUUGAAGUGGCUAGUAGCCUAUCCAGUGACUCCUCCACAGUCAAUGAUGUCGGCCUCUGUGCAGGUUGGAUAGCCCAGCCUGCAGCUACUGCUCUCCAGCCCAUGAACCAUUGGUCUUACCCAGAGUACCUCCAGCAGCAUGACCCCACCACCUCAACCACCACCACCCUGCCCCUCACCACUGACACGUACAUGCAGCCCAUGUGUCCCAGCUACACCGUGGUGGGCCCAUCCUCCAUGCUCACCUACACACACACGCCUCUCUUUACCAACUUCGGGACCCUAGCACCAACAUCCACAGCCCUACCACAAGUGGACCUCCAGGACUCGGUGCUGACUUAUAUCCCGUGGGCCCAGCCGCUAACCACCAUCCCUUCAUCAGGUGUGCAGUUUGCCUCUCACCCUGCCACUCUGGCUGGGUCUCAGCUGCUUCCGAUGUCCAUGCCAGUGACCCCCACCAUGCCCCAGCAGGACCCUCAGCCCCAGCCCCUGGAGCAGCACCCUGCUGGGGCUGAAGAACCCAACCCUCUGGAGAAACUUCUGGAGGACCAAGUUCAGGAUGACAAAUACACAUAUGUGAACAGUUCCUCAAUCUUCAUCCCCGGUGUCUAAGAUAUAUCAGUGUUGCAGCCAGUCGUAAGCAUUAAUGAAAUGCUUACACAAUGCUUAUGAAUGUGUUAUGUAGGUACGUACCCAUUAUAUUUCUAUUGCUCAGAAUUCAGGUUACUAUAGAGUAUGUUUGUAGUUAUACGAUCCUUUAUGUUGUAAUGUACAUUUAAGUACUGUGAAUUGCUUUUUUCAUGAUGAAAAAGGGAACAGUAGUUUUACUAGUUCUAAUAUUUACUGAACAAAUGUUUUGCUGAAAAAUAACUGCUGUCAUGUAUUAUAGAUGCUUUAACUGAAAGACAGGCCUUGAUUGAUAUGUCCCGAAUCAUGCUAAAAGUUUAAAUGUAUUUUCUUAUUUAAAUUACUUGUAAGGUAUUUAUUUAUUUUAAGUACCUCAUUUCUGACAGCCAUAAUCGAAUACAGUUGUUUUAAAAGUAGUUACUCUCAAAUAUUUGAAGUAAUUUCCUAAAGUCAUUCAAUUGUUAAAUCAACCCGUGAUGAAAAAGGGAACAGUUUUGUAGUUUUACUAGUUCUAAUAUUUACUAAACAAAUACUUUCCUGAAAAAUAACUGCUGUCAUAAAAUAACUGCUGUCAUGUACUAUAGAUACUAUAACUGAAAGGCAGUUAAAUCAACCCAUAUCUGUAUUUAUCCAGGGUCUGCUUUGAAGAGUAUUUGGCAUAAAACAUUAACCUCCUCUCAUUUCCUGUUGCCUUGCUCUCUCUUGCUGUUAUUUUUUGAAGCAGAAGUUGGAAGUUAUGGCUGUCAGUUAACUAUGGUACAGAAGUGGGAAAGCCCAUGGUUCUCUGUUUAUCUGGCUGUCCCAUCAGUGUCUCCCCUGUAGGGUCCCCUCCUCCGAAACCGACAAAGACUGGGCUCUGCAACCCACCUGCCACACCCACCUGAAGCACACCAACUACUGCAGGUUUGAGGUCCAGCAAGACUGUGCGCUUGUGUUCUUUCAGAUUAUUGGUUUACGUUUGGAGAAAUGUUGCAUACAGAAGUGUUAUGUGUGGUAUGUUCAAUGUAAAUAAUAAUGAAAAAGCCAUGUAACAUUACAGUAUUUAGAAAUCCUGAAGCGUCUGAGGCUUCAAAAUGUAUUAUGUCAAACAUAUUAUGUCAAUAAUUGUCAAACCUCUACUGUUUCUGUUUAUUUUGGAUUUUUUUUCUGUUUAUUUUUAAUUAAAGUUCACUUAGAAAUUCAUUUUAAUGCCAUGACUCAAUGUAUCUUUAAUAGGAUACGAAUAGAUCUCAGAGUGGACAGAGCUGACAGUUCUAAGGCCUCAUAGGCACUGAAUACAACUAUUCCAGAACAUUGAAUAGUUGUACUAUUCAACUAUUCCAGAACAUUAUGAUUUUCAGUUGAGGAUAAAACAGAAAAUGAUAUCUUUAUCUUAUCCAAAUGAUGUACGAAAUGAAACACAGCUAGCAGUGGGGCAUAAUAAAAGUGUUUUAAACUUGAACUAAAUCAUCAAGGGAACCACAAUCAGUCUUAUCUGUCAAAGGAAAAUUAUAUUUUGCACAUCUUGAAAAUCGAUCGCCAAUGACAACGUGCUCCAUCAGGCCAUCAACCUCUUAUAUCUGUUAUAACAUGUAUUAAUGCUCUUAGGAUGAUGUAGUGGAUCUGAGGAGACAGGGUCGUGACCUACCUUGUAGCCUCUUUCUGUUUGUGAUUGCAUUGCUUUAUAGUACUUACUUUCUUAUCAUGACUCUCAACUAAUGCUGCCAGUGUAUAUCCUGUACCCUCUUAAGAAUACUGCACCUUUAAUGUGAGAUGCUCCAACAUGCCUGCACAGCUGCCCUGAGACUGAGGCCGGGACAUGAGCUAUGGCUGCCAGUUUAAAAGAACCGGCACAGUGCCAGUCAUGAAGAUGAAACCUCAGAACAAUUUCACAAGAAAAGAGUUUGGCCCUGUCCGGGGGUGUCCUCGGAUGGGGCCACAGUGUCUCCUGACCCCUCCUGUCUCAGCCUCCAGUAUUUAUGCUGCAGUAGUUUAUGUGUCGGGGGGCUGGGGUCAGUUUGUUAUAUCUGGAGUACUUCUCCUGUCCUAUUCGGUGUCCUGUGUGAAUCUAAGUGUGCGUUCUCUAAUUCUCUCCUUCUCUCUUUCUUUCUCUCUCUCGGAGGACCUGAGCCCUAGGACCAUGCCCCAGGACUACCUGACAUGAUGACUCCUUGCUGUCCCCAGUCCACCUGGCCAUGCUGCUGCUCCAGUUUCAACUUCCACCUGACUGUGCUGCUGCUCUAGUUUCAACUGUUCUGCCUUAUUAUUAUUCGACCAUGCUGGUCAUUUAUGAACAUUUGAACAUCUUGGCCAUGUUCUGUUAUAAUCUCCACCCGGCACAGCCAGAAGAGGACUGGCCACCCCACAUAGCCUGGUUCCUCUCUAGGUUUCUUCCUAGGUAUUGGCCUUUCUAGGGAGUUUUUCCUAGCCACCGUGCUUCUACACCUGCAUUGCUUGCUGUUUGGGGUUUUAGGCUGGGUUUCUGUACAGCACUUUGAGAUAUCAGCUGAUGUACGAAGGGCUAUAUAAAUAAAUUUGAUUUGAUUUGAUUUGGUAUCCUCAACUUCUCAUACUGGAUGAUCUAUCCAUGUUAUAAUGGUUGGUAUCCUCAACUUCUCAUACUGGAUGAUCUAUCCAUGUUAUAAUGGUUGGUAUCCUCAACUUCUCAUACUGGAUGAUCUAUCCAUGUUAUAAUGGUUGGUAUCCUCAACUUCUCAUACUGGAUGAUCUAUCCAUGUUAUAAUGGUUGGUAUCCUCAACUUCUCAUACUGGAUGGUCUAUCCAUUUUAUAAUGGUUGGUAUCCUCAACUUCUCAUACUGGAUGAUCUAUCCAUGUUAUAAUGGUUGGUAUCCUCAACUUCUCAUACUGGAUGAUCUAUCCAUGUUAUAAUGGUUGGGAUCUCUCUCUCUUGCUCCAUUAGAUACAGUUUACCAUAUCACACCACAUUUUACUACAGGUGAAAGGUUCAGUACACACCACUGCAUUCUUUACCAGAAUGUAGGCCGGCCCUCUUUGAAAUCACAUAGGUCGAUCCAUUGCUGUCUUUUAUCUAUAAAUCCUAACAUCAUGAAUAACCGUACGAGUACGAGUUACCAUACCCGUUCUCAGGAAUGACUAACUCUGGAAACCCUUUCGGCCUCCUCAGAGUUAGGUACAUCUGCUUUUAGCUUAUUUGCACACCAUGUAUGGAACAAUCAGAGUUCCCUACAAAUGCAGAUUCUGGUGCCUCUUGGGCAGUUCAAAAUCUUGUUUAGGGACCUCCUUGCUGAGGAAUGUGAUUGUUUUCCUUGAAUAUUUGUAUUAUAUUCUAUUGUCUUUUAAUUUUAUUUUGUAACUUGUGUGUAUGCAGGGUUCCGUUUUAAAAUAGAUAUUGGUCUCAAUGGUGACUCAUUGGUGAUAAUUGUAUUGUUAUGACCUCAGAAGCGAGAUAAAUGGUAAAUGGACCUGUAUGAAUAAACAGGUAUAUUUCUCCUCUUAUAGCUUUGAGAGAUGAGGGGAAAACCCAAAUCCAUUCUCUGCCAUGGAACGUGCCAUGGAUGAGAUUACUAUUAGCCUGAGAUCAGGUAAAUCCAUCAUCCCCUUCAGUUAGUGCUUUUAUGGUUGGCCCCUUAGGGCCAUCGUAGGCUUACAGAGUAACAUUUUGUGGUUUUACUAUAACAUUGAACUUGCUGUGAAACCUUGUUUAAUAAAUCAUUUUACUGAAGUGGGCUAAAUCAAGGUCACAUGAAGUGUUUCAAGGUAGUCUUAAACAAAUGUACUUUGAAACAAAAGUAUUACACCCCACCACACACAUGGUUGUGGGCUUAGAAAAAAGAAGAAGACACCUGUACCGUGUCAGAUAUAGAGUUGAAAUGUAUAAAAUGUUGAGUUUGCAUCCCAAUAUUACACUUUAUAUACAUCACAGAAGACUGAAAUAUAACAAAACUGUUUGACUUUGAAACACUGGAUCAAAAAAAAUAUUCUUAAUUGUAUAAUAAAUUAUGACAAAUAUUAAUGACAUGAGACCAAAGAGGGUGAUUUUGAUCAUUGACUGCAGGAAAACUAUCUUACAUUCACCACUCUUUUUUGAAGGAGUCAUUUUUUACAAGUGAUCUUGGAAGUAACAAUUCUAUUAAUGCAAAUUCUCCGGUGUAGCAAAUGUAAUUCUAUGCCUUGGAUUUCAUAUGCUUGAAAUAAAUGACUGUAUAGUUG